AUGACCAUCUACUGCACGUACUGUGGGCAGGGCUUUGCAAGAAGCGAGCACCUGCAACGACACGUCCUCACCCACACCACCCCUCUCAGCGCGCAGGACAGCGAGUCUGCUCGCGCGCUGCUGGCCAAGGUCCGCAGCAGCGCGGCCUGCUCAAACUGUGCCCGAACAAAGACAAAAUGCGAUAACGACACCAAACAGCCCUGUACGCGCUGCCAGUCCAAAGGCCUGGCCUGUGCCGCCCGCACAAGUCGUCCUCGCGGGCCGCGGCCCAAACAGAAGGAGAGGCAAGGGCAGCCGGACGUACAGCCAGAGAAUUCUCACUCGCACUCGGCAGCAAACUCCCCCAUCAACACUCGCUCGAACUGUUGCGGAGACAAGGACACACCGUCCUCUGCUGAGUGUAGUGUCACCGGCUAUGCAGAGCCAGAGCCUGAACCUGGACCUGGACCUGGACCGUCCAGUAACGCGGCCUCAUCCUCUUUAUGGAAUACUCAGGGCUUAGCGGCAGACCAUCCUCCUCCUUCCCAGGUGCCCACAGCUUUUCUUCCCCCGCAACAGCAGAAGCACACAGAUCCUCCGCCGCCCGCCUCCAUGCUUUUAUUUCAGGAUGGUUUUGACUCGGACCUCUUCCCAUCGAUGGGCUCUAUUCCUGGUGCCGGAAGUCCCGUCGUGUUUGGUCCAUCGUGGGAUUUUGGGAACUCACCAGAUGAACUUGAGCACUUCUUCAACUCAGCAUCUGGCGUUUUUGGCCCCUUUCUGCCCUUUGCUAGUCCGUCCCAAUUCGACAUAGAGCCACCUACACCUGUUGUCACAAAUGGAAGCAAUGAAGACGCCAUUAUGCGCGAGGCAGAGCUAAAGCCCCAAGUGGAUGCGUCCACUUUGAAACUUCAUAUCUGCCCCGACCCAGAGCCAGUGGCACAAACUUCCUCCCGAGCCGUGGACGAAACUGUCGAAGAUGAUCUGUGGGCCCUCCCCAAGGACGUCGAGCACUGGACCAUGCUCCAGUGUUGUCCCACCCCGUCGUCCGUAUGUCCCGGGCGCGCAACCGCCCACCUGUCCUUCCUCGAAGAAAGCUCCUGCUCGCACCGCUCCGCCAGAACCUGGAGCCUGCGUCCAUGGACUUACGGCAGCGCAGCACCCGCCUGCGUCAGCAACGUGUCGCUCUCGGCGCUCACGCGCGAGCGGCUCUCCGCCAUCACGCAGAGCUUCUUUCCCAAGGCGCUUGAGAUGCAUGGGCUGGGCUCGACCUCGACCUCGGCCUCGUCCCCGCACCGCCGUGCCUCGGAGUGGUUCGGCUCGUCGGGCUUCAUCCUACUGCCGCCCACUGCGGACCUCAACUUGUUUCUCGAGACCUACAUUGGCUGCGUGGAGCCUUUUUUCCCUCUUGUGCCCACGCGCACCCUCGACCCCAACGAGCUGCUCGGCGCCAGCGACAAUGAGAAGGGCGCCACGCUGUUGCUGCUGCUCAUGAUGGCCAUUGGGGCGUCCUGCAAUCCUGCCCCCAGCGCGAGGCGGCUGGGCGCGGGGCUGGCGGAGGUGUGUCGCAUUGCGCUGACGGAUUUGGUGGAGAAGGACAACCAGUACUCGACAGUGCCGUUGAUUCUGCAGUGCAGCUUGCUGCUGACAAUCCAGUCGUGCUGGGGCGGCGAGAAGUGGCAGAUGGACAUCGGGGCGGGCCACCGCUUCAUGUACAUUGCGAUGCUCCGAAACUCUGGGUACUUUCAGAACGUGGCACCAAAGCGUCUCCACAGCAGGGUCGCCGUCGACAGGCACUUGAAUAUCCACCGCGCCUGGCGGAACUGGGUGGAGCAGGAAGGCCGGCGAAGGCAAGUGACAUCGGGUAUAAAUAUAUGUGCUUAUGCAUAUGUAUAUCGUACCAAGCUUGCAUACGAUUGGGUUAUGGUUGACCAAGAGCUCAGUCUCUUCUACGACCAACCCCCUACCUUCGCCAUCACCGAGCUGCGCGCACCCCUCCCCGAAAUAGAUGCCCUGUGGCAUGCCGAGAACGCCGCCGAAUGGGGGGCCCUGUACGACAGCGAGAAGUCGUCAAGGCCACAGUACUCGCUCCGCCGGCUCUUUCAGCUCUGCCUUGCCAACGACAUCGACCCAGCCGCCUACCACCUCACGCCCACCCGCCUACGGCUACUCCUCUACCCCAUUCAAAGCCUCGUAUUCCACCACGGCCAGCUGCUCGACGCCGUCCCCGACAGGCAGAUCCCCGCCUUGUCCAGCUUCAAGACCACCACCCGCACCUCGUCACUCCUGCGCCUCGAGGAGCUGCAGAGCCUCCUCCAGACAUGGUGGACCCUCGCGGAGCAGCACCAGCACGAGGCCUUGAACCCCACAUGCGAUACCGCGCAAAUCCCGGCACCGCCGCCGUCAGACUCGGACCAGGUCCUCAGCCGAGCCAAUACUCUCCUGUUCCACCUCAUCAGCCUCCAAUUGUACACCGACCUCAAAGCCAUCGAGAGCUUCGCCCGCGGCGAAGACCUGUCUUGUUCUGGAGGCAGCAGCAGCGCCGUCGACACCGCUUCCCUCCGUACCCGCCACCACCUCCUCGCGGCCCGGUGCGUCUUUGCCCCGCCCGAGGCCGUCUACCACGCGGGGCAGGUCCUCCGCCUCGUGCGCGCGACGCCCCUCGCUCGGCGCCCGCCCUGGUGGGCCGCGGCCGUGUACCGCGCUGCCCUGGUGCUGUGGGCGUACGCGAGCAUGCAGCAGUGCCUGUCUUCGUCGCGCGAGGAGGAGGGCAGCGCCAACCAGCCGGUGCUCGUCGCGAUUGACGCGGUGCUGCCCGGGGAUCCGGCGAUGGGGCGGUUCUUGCGUCAGGGGAGGGGCGUGCCGGUGCUCUCGAACGGUGGCGCGGCAACGGUGCGCGUAGAUCGGGAGCCGCAGAGAGUGCUCGGGGCGUGUGUUGCUGUGCUGGGUGCGGGAGAGGCAUAUUUUUUGAGGAAGUACGAGGACAAGGUUGACCCUGAUGUCUUCGCCAUCACCAUCAGCGAACAGGGGGAACUCACCGUCUCUAAAGAUUCCGAGGUUGAUGAGACUCAGUGUCCCCACUAUCCUGCUUUGGAUGAUGUCGAGCGUGCGGAAUCGAUACAUACUGUAUCCAGAGGACAGCUCCGUGAGAUUGAGCGAUUUAGUCCCAAUGUCGAUCUCACAUCCUAUUCUUCGCAGGAUGCAGGAAAAGUUAGACAAGUCGUCUUCAAAUACUACUUCUUGGAUCGAUUUCUGUUCAGAAGAUGGGACGAGCUCAAUACCUGGAUGCGUCUGCCUUUACACCCUUUCAUCGUUCCGUUCGACAGGCUUGUUGUAGAUGAGCUUGAGGGUCGAGAAGUUGUCGUCGGAUUUACAACCGUCUAUAUACCAGGAGGCACAAUUGAAGAAAACACGUCUCGAAUCUUCAAGCUCAAAUGGUUGAAGCAACUUCUCUGUGCUGUUGAUGAUCUCAAUCUCAAGUACGGUAUCCAACAUCAGGACAUAGCCCCAAGAAACCUUCUGGUGGACGAAGAAGCAGACAAGCUGCUUGUCUUUGACUUCAAUUUCGCUGCUCGCAUUGGAUAUCCGUAUCAAGAGGACUACGAGCAGUACAGUGUACACCGAAACGACGUCAAAGGUGUUAUUUUCACAGUUUACGAAAUCAUCACGCGGGACACGCAUUUCACGGAGAUAUCUCACCAUGAGCAAGACUCCACCAAUAUUCUCAGCAUGGAAAGUAUCGCUCAGUCCUCUAUUCAUGGGUUGAGUCCAGACGACAAGGGCAGCAAGUCAGUCACUAUACGGAAGCUUCAGAGUACAUCGAUUGGCCAAAAAUCCCCCCUCCACCACGGGACGAGCUGGAUGACAUCGUACCAGAUGCUCCGGAGUAUCGAUCUGAUAUGCCUGGCCAAGAUCCCACAGACUUUGGGACCGAUGACGGCGAGUCUCUCUCCGGCCUGGCCUGGUUCACAAACCGCAGAGACCGGCGAGAGCAAGGGCUGGAAAUUCUAG